AGAAUAGCCCUGGGCUGGGCAGGGCAGGGCGGAAGGGCCCUGGCCUUGUCGGGUGGAAGGUGAAGAGUUAAUGGCUCCGCGCUCAGGCACUGCCCUCUGAACUGGAACAAAAAGCAACUUCCGGUUGGAGUCACUCGGCCAGGCGCCGGCGACCUGAUGGGAGAGGGAAGCGUAGCCGAAACCGUGAACUGUACCUGUCAUUUACUCCAUCCUUUAUAGUGAUGCUACAGGACGAAGAGGAAUGGAUAAAAACAUUGGCGAGCAACUCAAUAAAGCAUAUGAAGCCUUCCGGCAGGCAUGCAUGGAUAGAGAUUCUGCAGUGAAAGAAUUACAGCAAAAGACUGAGAACUAUGAGCAGAGAAUACGUGAACAACAGGAACAGCUGUCACUUCAACAAACUAUUAUUGACAAGCUAAAAUCACAGUUACUUCUUGUGAAUUCCACUCAAGAUGGCAAUUAUGGCUGUGUUCCUCUGCUUGAAGACAGUGAAACAAGGAAGAAUAAUUUGACUGUUGAUCAGCCACAUAAUAAAGUGAUUUCAGGAAUAGCAAAGGAAAAACUACCAAAGGUAAGAAGACAAGAGGUUUCUUCUCCUAGAAAGGAAACUUCAGCAAGGAGUCUUGGGAGUCCUUUGCUCCAUGAAAGGGGUAGUAUAGAGAAGACUUUCUGGGAUCUGAAAGAAGAAUUUCAUAGAAUAUGCAUGCUAGCAAAAGCACAGAAAGACCACUUAAGCAAACUUAAUAUACCAGACACUGCAACUGAGACACAGUGCUCUGUGCCUAUACAGUGUACGGAUAAAACAGAUAAACAAGAGGCGCUGUUUAAGCCUCAGGCUAAAGAUGAUAUAAAUAGAGGUGCACCAUCCAUCACAUGUGUCACACCAAGAGGACUGUGCAGAGAUGAGGAAGACACCUCUUUUGAAUCACUUUCUAAAUUCAAUGUCAAGUUUCCACCUAUGGACAAUGACUCGACUUUCUUACAUAGCACUCCAGAGAGACCCGGCAUCCUUAGUCCUGCCACGUCUGAGGCAAUGUGCCAAGAGAAAUUUAAUACGGAGUUCAGAGACAACCCAGGGAACUUUGUUAAAACAGAAGAAACUUUAUUUGAAAUUCAGGGAAUUGACCCCAUAGCUUCAGCUAUACAAAACCUUAAAACAACUGACAAAACAAAGCCCUCAAAUCUUGUAAACACUUGUAUCAGGACAACUCUGGAUAGAGCUGCGUGUUUGCCACCUGGAGACCAUAAUGCAUUAUAUGUAAAUACCUUCCCACUUCUGGACCCAUCUGAUGCACCUUUUCCCUCACUUGAUUCCCCAGGAAAAGCUAUCCGAGGACCACAGCAGCCCAUUUGGAAGCCCUUUCCUAAUCAAGACAGUGACUCGGUGGUACUAAGUGGCACAGACUCAGAACUGCAUAUACCUCGAGUAUGUGAAUUCUGUCAAGCAGUUUUCCCACCAUCCAUUACAUCCAGAGGGGAUUUCCUUCGGCAUCUUAAUUCACACUUCAAUGGAGAGACUUAAGACACAUUUGAAAACAGACAUACCAAGUUCUAUGUGAUGAUUUGGGGUUUGUAAUACUAUAAAUACUUGAUUGUAAACUAAAUUCAAGAUCAUUUAUAGGAAAAUCUAGUUUCACAGCUAUUUGAAUUGUUUUCUACAUUUACUGUAUAACUCUUUCAUUUUUUUAAAAGAUCAUUCUAUUCUUUCAAGGAGAAAUAAGCCUAAAAGAAGAAAAACAAAAAAAAAAAACUGCAUAAAACUGCAAUCCUUUGUAUUCAUGUUUACAGUGCUAUUACUAUAAUUCAAAAUUACAUAUGUGACUUAGUUAUAUAAUCAUAAUUUAUGUUUAUUUCAAAUAUCUAAGUUUAUUGCUUGGAUUUCUAGUGAGAGCUGUUGAAUUUGGUGAUGUCAAAUGUUUCUAGGGUUUUCUCAGUUUUUAUUGAAAAAUUUAUUUAUGCUAUAGGUGAUAUUCUUUAAAUAAACCUAUAAUAGAAAAUAGCAGACAACAUAAACAUCUUUGUAAAUAUCAAACCUAAUACAUUUCUUGUCCAGUGAUAAAACAAGUGGUAGAAUUAUUUAAACACUUAAGAUUUUUAAAAUAAUAUACAUGGCUUUAAUUUUACUAUAUGUAUAGCUACAUGAUGAAAUUAAAUAUCAAGAGGUACUUA